AUGCGCGCCGCCGCCGUCCUCCGCAACGCCGCCGCUUCGGCCGCCAACGCGGCCAAGCCCAAGCCCAUGAGCGCAGACCCCACCCUCUACCACCUCGCACCAACCGGUUUCUGGAAGAAGUUCCGUGACGCUGUUGUCGUCAACCCCGAGAUCUCGUCGGGUCUCCCCCUCCCGGACAAGCACCGCUACCCCCAGCCUGGAUCGCGUACUGAGCGCUACGCCACCCCGGCCACCUCGGCCUCGGACGUUGCCUUCAACUCGUACUCGGACCGCGACACCCGCAGGGCAUACCCCAAGACCUCGGUCGUGACCCAGUCCGAGCUCUCGGCCCUCCUCCUCUCUUCCCCGGCCACCGGCGCUAUCGAGGCCGGCGCGACCGCCAUCACCGCCGAGACCGCGCCCGCACUUACUGCCGCCAUCGAGAAGCUCCCCGCCGGCCGCGCAUACCUCGCGUCGGGCAUCACCACCGCCGCCUCCGAGGGCCUCCCUCCCCUGCCCCCGACUGCUCGUGUCGGUGGCAAGUGGAUCGCCAAGCACGGCGACGAGAUCCCCCAUGCGCCGGACGCGUACUUCCCCAUCUUGGGAUACAACUAG